UUUUUUUUUAAUACUUCGCCUUCGGACUGGUCAUUUUUCGAGUGUGGCGGCGAUUAGCGAGUCGACAAAUCGAUCCCCGACGACCUUCUGUUUCCCCGUCGUCGCGCCCAUCAAACAAUGAGGAUUCCCUCACUGUUCGGGCCUGCGACGGCUGGCUUCGCGAGUCUCCUCGAAAUCCUCACGUACCUUUCGAUUGCCGGUUCGCCAACCGUCCAUGCCUUCUCGUUUACUUCGGUUUCGCAUCCGGAUCUGGACCUCUCGUCGCUGGGAAGAGUGGGGCUGGUGGGAGACUUUGAUGCUGUCUCGCUUUAUUCGUAUCAGGGGCAAUCCGAGGACAACACGGCGAGCGACGACUUCCAAUCUUUAUUAACACCCCUGCCCAAUGGAAUCUUGACCUCUCUCUCGGCAUCGGAUGGGCACAUCCUUGCCAUGUGUCCGUUCACCCGGAAGGAUGGGACAUACUCGGGUUUGUUUGUGGGAGGAAACUUCACCAGCCUGGGAGGUGUCCAUUCAGAGGGGGUCGCGCUGUUCAAUACUACCUCUGGUGCUGUCAAGGCUCUAUCAGGUCUGUCGGGCUCCGUGUCCGCCUUGCUCUGUGAUCAAGAAACCAACAGCGUGUAUGUUGGGGGGGACUUUACCUAUAAGAACUCGUCGAACGCCGCUGCGUGGGUGGGUACGGAUGGCUGGUCCUCUCUAUCCUUCAGUGGAUUCAACGGGCCGGUGACCUCGAUUCUCAAGGCCGAUGACGGGCAUAUCAUUUUCGGAGGCUCGUUCGACGGCCUGGGCAACUCCACUUCAACAUCGUCCCAAAACAAUACCCAGAUCAUCAAUCUCCAGAAUGCAACCAUCUCAUCAGAUGCGAAUUCGACGACGACGGGAUAUAGCAGUCCUCGCAAUAUCAUUUGUUCAACCGGUGAAGAUGGUGAGGGAGACACAUGGUUGCUUACAGACUAUUCGCCGGGGUAUUGGAGGGCGGAGAUGGGGUUCGUCUAUGAGCCAACGAAACUCCGCUUGUACAACACCCAUGUGGAUGGAAGAGGAACGAAAUCGUUUCUCUUUAGAAGAUUACCCGACGAUGGUAUCAUGAACCUGACAUAUACGGAUCCCGACUCGGGCGACGAAGUGUCCUGCGACGCAUCGUGUCCUCUUUCUAACAGCACCACUGAGCUAUACCGUGACUUUACUUUCGUUAAUGUGGUGGGGAUGAGCGGAUUUCAGAUCGAAGUCCAGGACUGGUAUGGAGAGGGUGCCGGUCUCAAUGGCAUUGAGCUUUUCGAGAAAAACAUCGAUGCUUAUGCUAUCGAUUCCUUCAACGAGCCGACAUGCGCCGGUCUCGACUAUCCCUCUCGGUCCACACGUACUGGCUCCUGGUCAGUCACUCCCUCUGGCUCAAGCCAGUCUGAGUACCUGUCGGCCCAGGUCACCGACUCGAACGCAACCACCUCGUCAGUCACCUUUGAAGCUAGCAUCAAAGAGUCUGGAAAUUACACCGUCUUGCUUUAUACUCCUGGAUGUGUUGGAGAUGCAACCUGCUCAUCACGCGGCAUUGUCAAUGUGACAGGAACCUUUGCGACCAGUACCGACUCGUCCGAAGGGUCCAUUCAAACGGUCGUCUAUCAGACCAAUGAUUACGAAAAGUACGACACCAUUUACUCGGGAUAUGUUGAUGCCAGUAGCUCCUCAUUCCGGUCUAGUAUCACGUUGGCCCCGAUCUCUGGCCAGGGUGAUAAUAUUACGGUCGUAGCCUCGCAGGUAAGGUUCGAACUGCUUUCUUCUUCCUCCUCCAGCGGAGGGUUGAAUGGGCUAUAUGAAUAUGUGCCGGGAUCAAGUAACUCUACUACCGAUUCUGCGAUCGAUGAUGCAGGCAAUCAAUUGGACACAGGCGCCUCGAUCACCAGCUUAGCAUCCUACAAUGGUGUCAUUUAUGCCGGAGGGAACUUUUCGGACUCCAGCCUGAAGAACAUCAUGUAUUGCAAUGAUGGCAAUGCCACCUCCAUGCCCUCUGGGGGAUUGAAUGACGAGGUGACGACGAUGCUCGUGGAAGGCGAUUACUUGUAUGUCGGCGGCAGCUUCACCGACACCGAUGAUGGAGGGAACGAUGAUCUCCAGCAUGUCGCGGCAUAUUCUUUCUCCUCUCAGAGCUGGACAGUGCUUGGUGCAGGUGUCAAUGGCCGUGUCAAUACCAUCCUCUCUCUGCCCUCGAACAUCUCGGCGGACAUCAAUGAGACGACUAUUGCGGUCAGCGGCAAUUUUGACAAAAUCUAUGCGUUCGGGAACAACACCGCUGUUGCCGUUUCAGGGUUUGCAGUCUGGGUACCGUCUCAGAAGAACUGGCUCCAGAAUCUCAAUGUCAGCCAGAUGGAAAUCGACGGCGAAUUGUCUGCCCUGGCAUCAGUGACUAACACAACUAUCCUUGCGGGCAAUCUUGAAUCCGGUGGCCUUGCGGCCUCAGACGCAGUGUCUCUCUACAGCUCCGACGACUUGGUCUUGGAAUCGUUGUCUGUCCAGGUGAACACCACUGUUUCUGGAUCUAGCAUCUAUGCCGGCAAGUUCGACACGAGUUCUGGUCGCAAUCUGACGAUUCUGGGUGGUCACUUUGAUGCGACGGCCAGUAAUGGCUCCAGCAUCUCGAACAUUUUGGUGCUGAACAGCACUGACCAAACCGUCAUCGGUCUUGGUACAGACAUCGACAGCAACUCGACGUUCUUGACCUUGGCUGUUGUGGGUGAUACCCUCUACGCCGGCGGCAAUGUUACUGGAACGGCGGGCACAUCCACUCUGAACGGUUUCGUCACAUACAACCUUGUAAACCAUAAGAUCAGUGACUCCCAGCCUGCGCCUCUGAACGGUGGUAACGUCUCGGUCACCUCCAUUGCCCCCCGCCCCGAUUCUACGGAAAUCUAUUUCGGGGGCAACUUCGACGCAGCCGGUUCCCUUCCCUGCCCUAGUGUCUGUUACUGGGACACAUCCGAGGGCCAAUGGAACCGACCUGGCACAGGCCUCACGGGCACAAUCCUAGCGUUGGACUGGAUUAGCAGUAAAGAGUUGAUGGCCGUGGGGAAUCUGAGUGUCUCCGACAACAACACUGCGGUUGCGAUCUACAACACCAAGAAGCAGACCUGGAGCCCCCUGAGUGGUGCCGCCUAUGCUGAUGUCCCGGGGACCAUCACUGCCUUUACACCGGCCAACGAGGCCGUGUCCGAGUUCUGGCUCGCCGGCCAAGCAACCAAUGGCUCCAACUUCCUUCUCUACUAUGGCGGAUCCGCACUCCAGGCCGUCGAAAACACUUUUGAAGACGGGACAGUCAUCCAAAGCCUGCAGGUCUUGGUCACGUCCACAACUCACGAAAGUAGCUCGUUGCUCGAGAAGGACGAGAUUCUCCUCGUCACCGGCUCACUGGUCCUCCCCGAUUUUGGCAAUGCCUCUUCUGCCGUGUUCAACGGAACUGCAUUCUCUCCUUUCAUCCUGACCACUGCUGCAGAUGGGACACCGGGCAGUGUUUCUCAGUUGUUUACUGAGAAACAGAACACGUACACCAGCAGUGGUCAUCACCUCUCCAACGGAAUCGUUGUUUUGAUCUCAUUCUGUCUGGCUCUCGCCUGUAUCUUCCUCAUCGUCAUCAGCGGCGUCAUUCUCAACAAAGUGCAGCGUCGCCGCCAGGGCUACAUGGCCGCUCCCCAGGCCUCUGGUACGGAUCGGCCAUCCGCCAUGCGCCGUGUGCCGCCGGAGUAUCUCUUCAACACCCUCAGCCAGCGCAAUCCUGGUGCCCCAGUGCUUUGAACUAAUCCUGGUUACUUGUUUUCCUUCGCUCAUGCUAUUUUUCCGUCGGACGAAUACCCCCUUUAAUGUUUGCCUUUGCAUUUUUUCUUUAUUGCAUUUUCCCUUUUCUCUUCUAAUCUAGAUCCACCCAUUGGAUCCGGCAGCCUCCUCCGCUGCUUUUCCAAGAGCCAUUCGCUCGUGAAUAACCCAUCUGGCGUCAUGUAUCAUAUCUAGAGAUCUGGCUGAA